UGUACAAUAGACUUGAAUGAUUCUAAACGACGACGGUUACAUCGAUCCCUCUGAAAACGACGACGUUUUUCUUCGAGGUUCUCGGUCGAUCAGGUGGGCCGGAGCCGUUUUACGCAGAACAGAAUCAAACGAUCCAAAGCAAACGAAAUUAAAAACUCAAAAGCCAAGUCGCUAGAGCGAACCGGUGAGAGAGAGCGAGAGAAUGGAGAAUCUAUGGCGAAUCGCCACGGGUCAGGACCCGAAUCGGGAGGAUUACGAAGGGGUCGAGUUCUGGUCUGAACCUGAACGGUCCGGCUGGCUCACGAAGCAGGGCGAGUACAUCAGUACAUGGCGCCGCCGCUGGUUCGUCCUCAAGCGCGGGAAGCUCCUCUGGUUCAAGGAUCCCGCCGCCGCUGGAGAUCGCGGAUCCACGCCACGUGGUGUCAUCUCCGUCGGCGAUUGUCUCACCGUCAAAGGAGCUGACGACGCCGUCAAUAAGCCCUUCGCCUUCGAGCUAUCCACGGGGAGGUACACCAUGUACUUCCUCGCCGACAACGAGAAGGCGAAGGAGGAGUGGAUCAACUCCAUCGGACGAUCCAUCGUGCAGCACUCGCGGUCCGUCACGGACUCCGAGGUCCUCGAUUACGAUCACAGCCGGUGAUUUUGGCUUAACCCUCGAUGGGUUUUGGAUUUUCUCUAUACGGUAUUUCAUGGUCUUGGCUUCUCUCUUUAGGGUUUCGGGAUGUAACGAACUCUUGUCCUGUCUCUCUCCUGAAUUAUACUGUUUCUGUACCUUGAUGUAAUGUAUUUGCCUUGAUUUCUCGAUUGUCCCGUUGUUAUAAUUUCAUUGUUUAACCCACUGAUCUGGUUGCAAUUUGUAAAUUCCAAUUUUAUUAGCUUGAUUUUGAUCGGACCA